UGCACAGCAGUCUUACCUCUUCAUUGUCAUGCGAAUCGGAAGCCAACAUGAUAUGAUUGGGUUUCGAUCCAUAUUUCUGUCCAGUUUGAGCUUUUCCUGGCUAUUUUCAGCGUUUUUUUCCGCCACUUAUCUGGCAACACUAGCCCGAAGAGUGGAAGCGAACGGGCUAAAGAAUUGCACGGACCCACGGCUUCACGGACAUUCCUUCAGCCAGGCCCAUCAGCCAUCACCCCAUUGCCGCACAUCAACACGAGGACGGGCUCACGGGACCCGUUACCGCCGUGGCCCUCAUCUUUGUCUGGCCAGCCUUGAACGUGAUUGGGAGGGUGAGCUGUGGUGCCCUUUAGCGAUUGGCCGCAUGGCACGAGGACCUCCCGCAGCGACGAGAGGGUCAACAUGAAGUCUUCCUCCGGUCCGCCGCCGCCCCCGGCCAGCGGCACCCCGCCCGCUCACGCGGCGCUUUUACCCGGCACUCGCACCCGCGCCUCGCCCUAUUCGCCCUUUCCCUUCGGUUCGCCUUUAACGCGCAGUCGCGGUUCCGUGCUCAAUCCGCCCACCCACCAUCGGGGCUCGGAAACGCCUAGUCCCGCGCCCAGUCCGGCCGCUAUUCCCACCCCACCCGUGCGAUUACGUGGUCGGGAAAUGUUUGGCGGUCCGGUCGUGUUCGGCGGGUCGAAUUCCAUCGGCAAUGUCAGCGCCUUCCUGGCCGCUUCGACCCAAAGCGCCUCACCCCACGGGCCUUUGCCCAGUAACGCCUCAUUACGCCGAGCCAACCGACUCCUGUCGGCCGCGCCUUACCAUUCAGGACAGCGGGCUGCUCGUCGGGCUCGCCCGGCCCCCGCUGCACCGGCCCCCGAGGCUCCCGCGAAUUCAACUCUGUCGAGUGAGGACGGUACGGCUCCGCCCACUCUGAAUUUGAGCGCCACGGCUCAAACCAUUCUAGCCACGUUAGAUCAACUCUCCACCCCUCUUCGUGAUGCCCUCAAAAUGCCCGUGCCACGGGCGGAGAAGAGGCGAGCCAUGGCCGAGGAACUAAUGGAGGGAACUGGGCACACGCCUUAUUGGCGACGACGGCCUCAUUUGGGUGGCUCGGAUAGUCGGGGAGGUGUAAGUUCAUUACCCAGUUCGGCCAACUCGAGCCUCAACGGACCUCCGCUUCGCAAGAUCUUCACGCCCCUCACGUCCGCACAUAGUAGUAACCCCUCUACCCCAAGAAGAGUCAGCCAGGCCAAAGCCCAGGCCCAAUCCGUCGAACUCGUGCCUCGCACCACGGCCCCGCCUCGAACUUGUAGCACCACGUCCGCGAGUUUCAGUGUAACUGGGACUAAUGUGGGGGCCACGUCGUCGGGGAGCAUGCCCAGUGUGAGCAAAAGCGGGUUUUCGCUCACCCAAUCGUUGGAAACGCCCAAGUCUUCAUUUGGUGGAAAGAUUCGGGCGAAAGUGGGGGAAAAGGCCAAGUGUCGGGCCGAUAAAGCCCUUCAGAACUCUGAGGAAUCGGAAUCCGUGCCCGAAUUCCUCCAAAGCGGCAGUGUUCCCAAGUUGGAAAUGGCUAAAAUGCCAGCCUUCAGCUUCAGUCUACCCCAGAGUGUUCCAUCAUCGCAUAGUGUCACCUCCAACGGCGUGGUUGAUGCCAUCGUGACGCCUCCUACUCGGGCUUCGACGUCGAGUUUGGACCGAAAUCAAGCUAUUCUCACCAGCCAGCAGGUGACCUCGGUGAAAGAUAGCCCAGUGAAGGCCUCGGCCCCUCUUGUGCUCAAAUCAUCGCAACCCAUCCAGACACCCCCAAUCUCCGAUCCCAAGGUCUCACCGCCCUUAAGAGAUGUCAAAUUCGUGUUCACACAGCCCAAGGUUGUUCCCACAUCGAGCUCUUCGUCGGCAUUUUCACAUCAAGGGUCGAAAACGUUUAACUUCAAAAAGCCCAUCGUCGUGAGUGAGGCCGGGAGGUUGGCCUCGGAAUUGCCCGCCCAACAUCUCACGAAAUUCGGACAAAGUCCCAUCUCUCAACUCCCGGACCUCACACAAGCAUCAUCGUCGUCGGUUUUGGGUCACACCCACUCUAUAACCAGUGGAUUGAUGGGCUUCAGCUACAGCCCCUCCAAGUUUGCUCCCAAGCUGAAAGCCGGAAACGUCACGGACGUUCGAGGAGACAACAAUCGGUUGCCCGAUGUCGCCAGUGGCAUCACACCCGCUCAAAGUUUGGUUCAGGGCAGUGUAAUGGACAUUCUCGGCCGUCAAUCCAGCUUCUGAGAGCGAAUUGGUUGCAUGAAAGAAAAUGCAAACAACAACUCCUUGAGAUGAUGUGGCGGUCAUAGCAAGCUUAUCCCCGUUGUCGCUCAUCUCGAGAGAUCAUGAUCCUCAACUCGAAUGCAGAUAUAUCCCUUGUCGAGACACUUUGCGAAGGAGUUCACAUUUACCCAGAAAUCUCAUCCAUCUCCCCGGACAAAACUUGUAUCAAUAAAAACAAAGAUGAUAUGGCCGCCCAAGCGUUUGUCAGAUAAACUAAGGAUUCAAGUUUCGCCUCCAUUUGACACCCCACCCCCCCUCCUCCCUACGUCCUUGAUGCUCCCAAUGGAUUGAGCCACUCCCCUACCCCCGUUUCUUUUGAUAACUCAAAGCAACUUUUCUUGACAAGGAUCCCGAUGUUCAACGUGAGCAAUCUUGGCGCCCUAGCCACCUCGAUUCACAUUGUGUAUACUUGAAGAAGCAAAGUAUUUUGCCAACAUUGACGCGCUCGAUCGAAUUACGAUGGUUACAAAUCUAAAUUCCUACUUCUGUCGAGGCUGUCGUCGAGUGGAAAGAUGAUAUUUGUGUGACAUGCACUAGAUGUCGUCUCUCUCUCUCUCUUUCUCUCUCUCUUUCACUUACUCAAUCGGAUCAUUGUUUGUCCCAUCUCUCUGCGGUUUAUCUAUUUUCGCACACAAUCGCUCCGUCAAUCUCUUCUUUUGGUCUGAGAAUUUGGCGCAGAUUGUCGCCUGGACUUCAAAUUCCUCUCUCCUACCGGUUCCAUUCAAGAGACCUCAUCCAGCCAGCCAACCAACCCCUCUCAACCCAACCAUUUAACCUUGGUGACCUCUCAGAAAGACUUUAAAGAAGAGAAUAAAUAAUGUUUUAUAUAUAA